AUGUCAAGCUCACAGAAUUUCGAAACAGCUCCAGAACACUUUGUUGAUGCCCUUAAUUCAAACAUGAUUGACAGCCACGGAGACGACGCGUCCCAUGUAAACAAUACCGACAAUGUUAAUGCUGGGGAACCCUUAGUACAUGUCGAAGAUGCUGUUUCAUUAGUUGCGGCCAAUGUUAAGGUAGAGAAAUUGAAAGCUGAAGGAGCACCAACUAUUACUGAUCCCCAAGCGACUCAAGUUAGUUUAGUUGUUCCGCCAACUGAACCUUCAAGCGUGACCGAACCCGUUGCUACUGGAAAUGCAAUGGUUGACAUUGCAACAAACGGACAUACGAAUGGAACAAUAGAAUCUGGUCCAACCUCAGUCGAUGUGUCCUCUCCAAUGUCUCAUGAAGUAGGUGCUCCAGCUGUGGCUAGUGCAGAUGGCAUAAGUACAGAAGCACCUCUUCGUACGAAUUCAAACACAAGUGAUAACGGCGCAAAUCCAGUUAAAAAGAAACUUGUUUUUGAAAAUAUAAAAUUCUUUAUUAAUCGUGAUUCUGGUGCUAUUGACUCAUCUACAGAAGCUGAUCAACUGGAACGUCUAAUUACUGCUAACGGUGGUGAAAUUGUUAAGGCAUUGCCACAACAAGCUUCUUCAGACUUCUUUGUCGUUUCCCCAUACAAUGAUACAAAAUUACCUACUAUAACCACGACUUAUAUUAGAACAUGUAUCGCAAGAGAUACAUUAUUACCUCUCGAAAACUAUUUGGUUCCAUAUGAUGAAUUCCGUGCAGUUAUUGAUUCCGAAUUAAGAUCCUUGAACGGAGAUGGAGAGAAAGCUGAUCAAAAUGAUCAUAUUCAAAACCAUGUGUCUGAAGAACAACAGGCUGUAGAGCAAAAUGGAUUAGAACCUGAUCAACAUGAUUCCUCAAACACGGCACACCAAGAAUCAGAACAGAAACAACAACAACAACAACAACAACAACAACAACAGAGAGAGGAACAAUUGAAAUUGAUACACGAACAUAAUAUCGAAAUGGAAAAUAUAAAUCAAGACAUUGCACGUGAACAACUAUCCGAGGAUCAAAGGAAUACAAGCUCUCAACCACAGUCAUCUUUAGGCACUGAUAUGCCGGCUCAUAUUAAACUACAACAUGAACAAGAACAGCAACAACAGCAACAACAGCAACAACAACAACAACAACAACAACAACAACAACAACAUGAACAAAAUGGAGAAUCUCAUGUUGCACAAAAUCGUUCUCAUGCUUAUGAAAAUUCAAGAUCGCCUUUAGUAAGAUCACCUAAUGGACCAACUCAUAAUAAAUCAUCAUUUACUGAAACUGAAGAUGAAUUUAUCCUUGAUGUUGUUAGAAAGAAUCCAACAAGACGUACAACUCAUACCUUAUACGAUGAAAUAUCGCAUUACGUUCCAAACCAUACAGGGAAUUCUAUUAGACAUAGAUUCCGUGUAUAUCUCUCAAAAAGAUUAGAUUUCGUUUACGAAGUCGAUAAAUACGGUAAAUUAGUUCGUGACGAAGAUGGUAAUUUAAUUAAAACUAAACUUUUACCCCCAUCCAUUAAGAAGAAGUUUACAGCCGACGAAGAUUAUGCAUUAGCAGUAUCUGUUAAGAAACAAUUCUAUCGCGAUCUAUAUCAAAUUGAUCCAGACAGUGGACAAUCGUUAAUAUCAGCUCAAGAUAGUCCGACUGCAAUUGCAAGAAGGAAUAUGACUAUGGAUCCAAAUCAUAUUCCUGGUAGCGAACCAGGUUUUAAAGAAUACAAGGUGAAUGAUCGUAAAGGUCCUAUUGCUAGAGAGUUUUUCAAAAGUUUUGCAGAUGAAAACCCUACCCAUACAGAAAACGCUUGGAGAGACAGGUAUAGAAAAUUUCUUUUAACAUUCGGUGUUGAUGCUUAUAUUGCUUACUAUGAAAUAGAAAGGGCUUCUGGAAGAGAACCUAAACCAAUGAAAAAUUUAACAAAUAGACCUAAACGAGUCAAUGCACCUACUCCAGGUAAUUAUAAUUCGUCAGUGAAAAGGGCAAGAGCUUAUAUUUCAGCAAAACCAGUAUCAAAUGAGCAUGAACAAUCAAUUUCAAAUGCAGAUGUAGCUGCUGCUGCCGCUGCUGCUGCUAAUGGUCAAGCUACUGGACCUAAUUAUCCAAUCCCUGAAAAUGAAUUGUUAGAUGAAGAAACCAUGCAAUUUAUUUCAAGUUUGAAGAAUGAUUUAUCAAAAUUAGAAAGUACGUUACCAUUUGAGUACCCACAGGAAAUUGCAGAUGCUAUUCGUAACGACUUCACUAAUGAAGAGGAAGAGUACGAUAAUAUUGAUCCAAAUUCAAUCAAAUUCCCACCUCCCAUUGCAUCGAUUGAAUUAUUUUUACCUACAUUUUUCCAAAUGGGAUCCACAAGGGAGUUUAUGUUGAAAGUAAAUGAAGUCAUCACUCGUGAUUACGAACCAUCGCAAGCUGAAAAGUUAGUACAGGAUUUGUCUGAUGAAGCCGGUGUACGUAGGACGUUCAGUACAAGUAUAUUAACUGCACUAUCGGGUGAUUUGAUGGUUUUCCCACGUUAUUUCUUAACAAUGUUCAAAGAUAACAUUAAUCCACCACCUAACGUUCCAGGUAUUUGGACACGUGAAGAUGAUGAGAUGCUAAGAUCUAAUAAGGGAGAAGAUCUGCAAGCACUAGAGAAGAAGCAUGGUGUAGGUAGAAUCGAAAUUAGAAGGAAGUUUGUAGAAAGAGAUUUGGUAUAG